AUGUCACGCACGGGCAGUACACGAUCCAACCCACUCAAAUCUUUGCAUUCUGCUCAGAUGGAUCCAUCGGUGCAACCCUUCUAUUCACACGAAACCCUUACUCAACCACGUCCCAUGUUCACGCAGCAGUCUCCUUAUCUUCUCCCAAUGCCGAGCCAACCAGCUCUCCCUUCUUAUCCCUCACAACAACUGGAGAUGUCCCAACAAGCUCCCAGCAACACUUCAUUGCCUUUCCCACCCCGCCCUCAAAUGACUGGCCCAACUGUUCCAAACCACAGCCCGGAGGCACUCGUUGCAGAUAUGUGGAAAACUUGUCCCGCACUUUGUGCUUCAAUCCGUCAUGACUUCGAUGUCAACACCAUCUUCCAUCCAUCUCUUAUUGCUCUUCAUGGAGAAACGUUACUCCGCCUUGCCGCAAGCCAGAUUGCCAUGCAAAACCAGGCCACGGAGAUGACACAUCUGCGCAACGAUCUUUCAGCGAAGCAAUCAUUACUUGAAGUCAACGCCGCUUCAGUAAAGGAUCUACAGACCAAGUUCGUGGCCCAGCAAAGUGAGUUGAAUGAGAUCAGACGCCUCCUUGAGCAACAGCCACGGUCUCUUACCAAUUCAGAUGCCAUCGGAAAUGGACAGAUACGACAAUCACGUAGCCAAGAGGGUGGCAUCACAAAGCAGGGCGCCAUUGCUUCACCACUUACCCCAGUGUCGUCAUUGACGGAGCUCGAUGGCCCCAUCCACAAAUUCUACAAUCGCUCGGUUGCACUACCACCUCUGAAAGUUAUUCUUGCCCCAGAUCACGUUAAUGAGAAAGAAGAAAAGCAUGGCUAUGGCCAUGCCGAAACUCAAGGUCCUAGCUUUGAUUUCGAUCGUGCAGAAGAUUGCACAUCUACCCACCUAGCUAAACAGCGACCAGAUCAACCGUGUCCCAUACCUCCAACGACCGAAACCGCCACUAUCUUCGAGCCUGACGCCUCUGCUAGACCUGUAGUCUCAGUCGUCACCCGAGAGCAGAAACUCGUUCCUCGAGACAAUGAAGUAGCUAAAACGACGGUCGAGCCUUCGCCAAAUCAACAUCAGGCAUCCGCUGUGAGGACUGAGAAACCGCCUGCCCCAAUCAAGAUCAUGACGAGGCAGGAUAGCAACGAGUCUACCUCACAGAAAGCUGAGCAAGCGGAAACAACGACGAGUUCAAUGCCCAACGAAGUAGGUAAGACGACCUCUGCUACUCCCUCGAGGACCGAAUGUAAUAACGACGUUCACGACAAACGACCCACGGUUUCAGCCAACAAACCAGUGAGCUAUGCAGCGGCUGUACGAACAACGCCAGUCAUGCCUCCGAAAGAUGAAUCCUCCAGCAUGCAGCCACCUUCCGACCGGACCAGCAGCUCGCCAGUCCCAGAUCUAGGUUUCACACUCGAACCCCUCCCAAAGCCUACCAUGCAGCAAGUUCAGUCUCAGCACCAGCAGGCUCAAUCCCCACAGCAGCAAGUUCCAACACCGACAUCCGAACCCCAACAGGAAGUUAUCCCCUUCAACUUCGAGGUGUGGAGACAACGAAAGAUUGCUGCCGGAACCUGGAAAGAUCGAAGCAACAAUCAUCAUCAUCCGCACAACGUUGCUCCAGAUCAGCGCUCGAACCACCCGAACCAUCCGUCCCAACACCAGCGACCAUACCACACAAACUACCGGGGACGCGGCGGACGUUUCCAUCAACAGCACCACCACUACAAUGGCAACAACGAGAAUCUCCGUCGCAGUCCACUGAGCCACGAGGAGCAGAGACAAGCAUGGUUGGCUUGGAAACAAGAUUGUAUCGAUCGCGGGACGUGGAAUCCGAAACACCCUUUCAGGGCGGCGUGGAAGAAUGAAUAG